AAGAAUAAAACUGUCUAGUCUUUUCCUCUUAUAUUAAUUUCCUCCUUCCUUAUAUUCAUUCAGAUCAAUUGCCAAAAUAUUAGUAGAUCAUCAUGAAGUAAAUUAAUAAAAAUAAUUUAGUCAUGUUGAUCUGAAAAAAAUAAAAAAGGAAGGAGUUUUUUUUUUAUUAUAUAGUUUUAGGAAAUGGAGGUUCAAAGGCUACAUGACUUAAUGUGGUUAUGGUCAAGAUUGCAAAGUAAUCGUGUUGCCCUCGUGGGUGGAAACCACACCGCCUCUAGAUUUUGCACUCGUUAAAAUUACGUUUUUUAACCCCCACUUCCCUUUUUUUGUUCGUUAGAUUGAAAUUAAUUUUCAUGCUCUCUUUUUCGAAAACUCUACACCACACCUACGUACUCUCUUUUUUUGCUUACUGAUCAGACUAAUUCAGAUUCAAAUCUGACAAUUGACAAGACAAAAAGUCGCUAUAAGAUAAUGAGUUUGUUGCAAGGUUUUCACACCAAAAAGGACAAAAUGAAAGGCACAUACAUGGAUGCCUUGGGAUUUUAUAAUGAUACACAUUUGGUUGUUAUUAAAUUGAACCAUUUGUGGGUUUUGAGGUUGAUUUCUCAGAUAGCCAUUCUGUGGCUAGUUAUUUUAUCGUUCCCCUGGAUUAACACGGUAAUCAGGGGAUUAACAUCGAGCUAUGGGUAUAUUAACGUUUUGAAAGGUGAUCAUACGAUGGCUAAUUAUAAUUCGAUUAAAUUAGAGGUUUUGCCAAUAAUUUUUCAUGAUUUGGCUAAUGAAGGCCUUCUCAAAACAAGGGAUAAGUCCUUGUUUAUUACAAAUGGAAAUGAAGAAGUUAUCUACAAUUCUCAAGUUACAAGUGAUUACAACAUGGAUUUGAUUUCUCUUUCAGAUUUGGCACAUAAAGAUGAGACUUAUGACUUUGCACUAAUUCCCUAUGAUUCAUCCAAGUCUCUCGAUUUUAUCGAUCGAGCUAUGAACGUAGGUGCUAUUGUCGUUGUUCAACUAAUUAACGACAGCCCUAUGAUUACAUUUUCUCAACCAUCAAACUACAAAGUUGUCUACAUACGAAAAUUCGAUUCAACAAUACUAGCCAUGCGAAAGACAAGUUCAUUUACCUCGAUUGAAUCAACAACUACACAACAUCAUAGAAAAUUAUUCAAUUUUGGUCCAAACACGAAAGAGGAUGCAUUAAAAAAGCUAGAAGACGUACUACUCGAACCACCAAGAGCAGCGUCAGGAAAAUCUAGUAGAUAUCUCAAAAAGACACGUUAUUUGCCAGAAUUGAUGAACAUUCGUCUAGAAAGCUACCCACGUAGGGUAUUCAUUGACGUUGGUUUACAAAACAAAAACGAAAAAUCAGGUGAUUCUAGUUGGUUUUCGAAGCAUUAUCCAACUAGGAACACGAAAUUCGAGAUAUUCAAGAUUGAAAUAGUGGCAAAAGAGUCAUCAGCACCAUUGAUUGGAAUGUCAGAUUGGUUAGAGAAAAAUGUGAAGGAAAAUGAAUAUGUAGUAAUGAAAGCAGAAGCAGAAGUAGUAGAAGAAAUGGUAAGGAAUAAAGCAAUUAAAUUAGUUGAUGAACUUUUUUUAGAGUGUAAACAUCAAGGUGUGAAAAAAGGCGAUAAAAAGAAAAGUCGAAGGGCAUAUUGGGAAUGUUUAUCUUUAUAUGGUAUGUUAAGGGAUGAAGGUGUUGCUGUGCACCAAUGGUGGGGUUAAAAACAA